UAUUUUUGGGAUAUUUUCUCUACUGCAGAUGCAGCUCAGGAAAACGCAGGGAGCAUGCUAAAGACCUGCAGCUAUUUGCCUUGUACAAUUUGCUCAUUUCUCUUUAUUUCUCUGUUUUCCUGCACUGAUCACUUAAAGGACAAUCUCUCUUGCAAACAAAAUCCCCGGAGCCUGAUUAGAGGGACUGAAGGCUCCCAGACACGGAUUGCCUGCCAGCCACAGCACGGUAAGGACAUGGACACUUUUGGCUAGCCUUGCAUUGCAGCUUUUUAAGCUUUGCUGAACGUUUAUUUGUGUCCAUCGCUUCCAAAUCAACACUGCUGGCAUGGCAGGCAGUCUCCAGCUCCUGGUCUCCAUUUUCAUUCCCUAAAAUCCUCAGCACUUGCGGAGCGGGCCCGGCAGGAGGCGGAGCGGGCCGCCGCACGUCCCCCGGCCGGUCGGCCGGCCCCCCCGCCAUGGGUCGGAAGCGCUGCGUGGGGGGAGACGGCUCCAAGAUGGCGGCGGGUUGCUGCGGGGUGAAGAAGCAGAAACUCUCCAGUUCCCCUCCCUCGGGCUCGGCCGGCCCGGGAGGCGGCGGCAGCGGCUCCCGCUGCGGCGGGGCGGCGGCGGCGGGGGGGGGAGGCGAGCCGGGGGCGCUGCCCCCGCCGGGGGGCCCCCGCCUCAACGGCCUUGGGGGGCUGGCGGGGGGCGCCGCCGGCUGCGCCCUCUCCCCGCCGCUGCCGCCCAGCUGCGGCGGGGGCCCCGCCGGCCUCUCCCCGCCGGCCGCCUCGCUGCUCUCCUCCCCCGGCGCCGGCUCCGGCGGGCCCGGCUGCAGGAAGAUGGUGGUGUCGGCCGAGAUGUGCUGCUUCUGCUUCGAUGUGCUCUACUGUCACCUGUACGGCUACCAGCCCCCGCGGAGCCCCCGCUUCACCAACGACCCCUACCCACUGUUUGUAACGUGGAAGAUUGGUCGAGAUAAACGAUUGCGUGGAUGCAUAGGUACUUUUUCUGCCAUGAACCUGCAUUCAGGACUCAGGGAGUACACACUUACUAGUGCCCUUAAAGAUAGUCGUUUCCCCCCAAUGACGAGGGAUGAGCUGCCACGGCUUUUCUGCUCAGUGUCUCUACUCACUAACUUUGAAGAUGUAUGUGACUACAUGGACUGGGAGGUGGGUGUACAUGGCAUUAGAAUAGAAUUCAUCAAUGAAAAAGGAUCAAAACGCACCGCCACCUACUUACCGGAGGUUGCAAAGGAGCAAGGAUGGGACCACAUUCAAACCAUAGAUUCCUUAUUGAGGAAAGGAGGCUACAAAGCUCCGAUUACUAAUGAAUUCAGGAAAACAAUAAAGCUAACCAGGUACCGUAGUGAGAAGAUGACGAUGAGCUACACAGAGUAUCUUGCCCAUCGUCAGCAUCAUCACUUCCAAAAUGGUAUUGGGCACCCCCUUCCACCGUACAACCAUUAUUCCUGACACUGAGCCGCAUGACCAGUCACUGGACCUCUCUGCAGACCUCUUCCCAGGAGACCCUGCCCCUUCUUGGUCUAGCUAUCUCUAUUACUGUACCAUUUUAUGAUGAUAGUUUCCGUUGCCAUGUUGAGGCUUCUUACUUGGUUAAGCUCAUCAUGGCAACGGGAGGGAAAACUGCAUUACUACAAAGAUCCCAUACUUUUUUUAUUAUUGAAUCACUGCAGAUUUUUUUGCAGCAUAUAUAGCCCUUGGGUUUUUUAUGAAAUUUUAAAUUUCUACUUUGUUAACAUUGAAUUAUAUCAAUCAAGGCUUUCUGUGACUGUGGAUGGAAGGAAGAGUUUAAGGAUUACAGUUAGGGAUGCUUUGCUUAGCAAAAAGGCGUUCAUGGCUUUUGCAUUAAUAGGUGUGACAGGGAAUGAAACAUAUCAGAUUCAGGUAUUAUACUAGACAAUGAAUUGCAUUUUCAUAACGUUCUUAAUAAUGUUGUGCGUACAAUAUCUCACCCCCACAGUAAAGAUUUUUGUGUAGCUAUGUACAUGAUCUUCAGAUCCAGCACAUACAGCCAAAACGUCAAGGCUGACAUACAAAAUGCUUUUUUGGACGAAGAGAAGCAAUUACAUGUACAAUGAGAGGUGAUGUUAACACGGCAGCAUUUUCAGAAUCAAGUGGUCUAAUUGAUAGGGCAUGACAUAAUCCAGUAGGCUACCAGAUACCUUUGUCUCCCAUUCUGUGCUGGGAAUCAAGGGCAAUCCAGCCCUGUCAAGACUAGUCAUAAUAAUGCAUUUGUAAUGAGAUGAUGCCUUUCUGAUGAUCUCAAAUUAGGAGUGACAUUCAUUUUUAAAAACAGGUUGGUGAGUAGCCAAUGUCAUAUUAGGAAGAAAAUGGAUUUAGAUUUUAGUGCCUUUGACUAUGACAUAACUAUAUACUUAUAUAUAAAAUUCAUAGAAAAAAUAUAGCAAAUAUGCCAGACAUUCUAGCAAACUAUAUUGAGUCUGCUCUGGUGUCAGGUUUCUGGGGAUUUUUUUUUUUUAAAGUGAGAUUUUUUUUUUUUAUAGCAAACCUAUUUUGGAAAAGAAAAAUCCCUGUUUUGUUCUCUCUUCUGCUUUUGAACUUGUUGAGUUUUAUCAAGUCAUGAGUAGUUAGAUAAAGUUAACUAUUGUUUAAAAAAAAAGAAAAAAGACUGUUGUGAAAGAGCACAGGACAAGUAUGCCAUAAUUUUACAUGUUUUCAUCUAUUGCAGGAAUAGUACUUGAGAGCUGUAAGUACUGUGUAAUAAUUCUGAUACCCCUCCACACGGCAGAAGAAAGAAAACUGAUUGCAACUUUUUCCUGCUGUAAAAAUAGGAAUUAGUAAAAGGUAUGCGUGGUGUAUUUGCAAGCCCAGUUUAUGGUAGGAGCUAGCUCCUUGCUCAUGUGCCUGCAGAACUCCCACUAAUACCUGUUGUAGUUCAGUGCGUAUUCUAGGGGACAAUACACGCCAUCUGUUACAGAAAAGACCUUCCUAAUAUGAGUAAGUAAAACACAGUAAGCAGAAAUUCCAGUUAUUUUGAAUAAUGAAUGUUUGUAAAUACAUAGAUAUAUAAAAUUCAAAUAGAUAAAAUCAAUUAAAAUUCAGUUGUUAAA